UAGUAGUUGCAGAAUAUGUUUAAACCUGGCUCUUUCUCCUUGCCAAAGAUGAUGGAGGAAGUUGCAGAUUGCCUGGUGGAAACCUCCUGAACUGCGCUUGAUGCGCGCGAGCUCCACUCGACGGUAGCAACAUCAAUGGCGAAGCCAUCGGGCGCGUGGAUCGCAAUGCAGAAGCGGCGAUGGCCCCUGCUGAUCCUCAUCCUCCUCUUCUCCCUCUCCACCGCCCUCGUCUUGAUCACCAGGUUCGCGUCCGAUUCCUGCAACCCUAGCGCCGCCGCCGCCGCCGUCUCCUCCGGCUCCGGCGGCGCGCGGUUCGCCGGCGAGAAGGCCCGCGGCCCGCCUUCUGGGGUCUCGCCCAGUCCGCUUGAGUUCAUGAAGUCGAAGCUCGUCCUCCUCGUCUCCCACGAGCUCUCCCUUUCCGGUGGGCCAUUAUUGCUCAUGGAACUGGCAUUUCUGUUGAGAGGUGUGGGCUCGGAGGUUGUCUGGAUUACUAACCAGAAACCAGCAGAGCCAGAUGAUGUCAUUUAUAGCUUGGAGCAUAAGAUGUUAGACCAUGGAGUGCAGGUUCUCUCUGCAAAAGGACAGAAAGCCAUUGAUAUAGCCCUUCAGGCUGAUUUGGUGGUGUUAAAUACUGCUGUUGCUGGAAAGUGGCUCGAUGCUGUUCUCAAAGACAAUGUUCCUAGUGUUCUCCCAAAAAUUUUGUGGUGGAUUCACGAAAUGAGAGGGCAUUAUUUCAAACUGGAGUAUGUCAAGCACCUACCUUAUGUGGCAGGGGCAAUGAUUGAUUCUCACACAACAGCUGAAUACUGGAAGACCAGAACUCAAGAACGUCUGGGGAUCAAGAUGCCUAAGACUUACGUCGUGCACCUUGGAAAUAGCAAUGAAUUAAUGGAAGUAGCAGAAGAUAAUGUGGCCAAGAGGGUUCUUCGUCAGCAUGUCCGUGAGUCCUUUGGAGUGCGGAAUGAAGAUCUACUCUUUGCCGUCAUCAAUAGUGUUUCCCGUGGAAAAGGGCAGGAUCUAUUUCUAAGGGCCUUCUAUGAAAGUCUGCGAUUGAUACAAGAGAAGAAAUUGCAGGUCCCAUCUAUGCAUGCGGUGAUAGUUGGAAGUGAUAUGAAUGCUCAAACAAAGUUUGAGACAGAACUUCGCAACUUCGUAGCAGAAAAGAAAAUUCAGGAUCGUGUACACUUUGUCAAUAAGACCUUGCAAGUUGCUCCUUAUCUGGCUUCAAUUGAUGUUCUCGUCCAAAACUCUCAGGCGCGGGGAGAAUGCUUUGGGAGAAUAACUAUUGAAGCAAUGGCAUUCCAACUCCCUGUACUGGGGACGGCUGCUGGAGGAACCACGGAAAUUGUGGUACAUGGGUCAACAGGAUGGUUGCAUCCUGCUGGGAAAGAAGGCGUGAUACCUCUGGCAGAAAAUAUCAUCAAAUUGGCGACCCAAAAAGAGACUAGGCUAACAAUGGGAAAGAAGGGAUACGAGAGGAUGAAAGAGCAGUUCCUGGAACACCACAUGGCACAGAGAAUCGCUUUGGUUCUGGAAGAAGUGUUGCAGAAUGCAAGAAGACAGAAGCAAUCGUGAUAAUCUUUGUAUUGCGAUAAACCAAAUGAUCAUGAUUACUUAUGCCUGGUGUUCAUGGUAAAUCCUUGGCAGACGGCAUCAGCAAUGGCGACCUCCUCAAGGUCAAAAUUACACUGAAAUGGCAUGCUCCCAGAAGCUCCUCUGUAUCAUGAGACUGUACAUAAAAAGCAAGUUAUGGGAACGGUCCCGGUGUCGACUCUUUCCUCGGUUGAUGGGGUUACAGCAGCAUACCAGAUGACAUCUAACGUUAUGUUACAAUAGGAAAGAUCUGAAUGCUGUUUCUCGAUCGGGACUGGGAUGGCCAACUUCUGAGUCACCCUAACUUCACGAGUAGGUUUAUUGCGCUUUUGACCAGUCGUGGAGCCAUGCGCAUUCCCUGUGUGUUUUAGAUACUCGAACAGAGCAUGUUCUAUUCUUAAGCUGCACCGUCAAAUCGAAGAGCACCAGCGACCUUUUCCCCUCGCACUGAAACGGGAAUGGACGCAAGAAUUGUAAUGUUGCAUUCAUAUAUCCCCGCCAGCGCUACGUUGUUGCUGCCACGGUAAUGACCUGAUAUUAAACAAAAGCAGAACGUUUCGUUUUC